AUGAGCUUCUACAACAACUACUAUGGUGGCCUGGGCUAUGGCUAUGGGGGCCUGGGAUGUGGCUAUGGAUAUGGCUACGGUGGCUGUGGAUAUACCUGUUAUCGUCCAUGCUGCUAUGGGAGAUACUGGUCUUCUGGCUUCUUCUGA